AUGAGCACUUGUGAGUGGAAGGUGCCGGUGGCCAUCUCAGCUGUGACCCUGGUCCUGCAUGCUCUCCUCUUGCUGGCACUUUACAUCAUGCUCAGCAGGAAGAUAGCCAGCAGCUCCUGCAGCAAACCGGAGAGCAGCAGCCCCACGGAGCAGCCCCAGCAGCCUCCAGCCUCUGCAGUGGGAGGGGAAGGGCUGCAGAGACCAGGCUAUGAGGGUAGUGACGUUUCCUGUUUUCAAGGGAGCAGUGACACAUCCUCAGAGACCUCGGAGGACUCGGGCAGCAGCCGCUCCUGCCCACAGGGCCCUUGCUCAGGAGAAGACCUCAAUUACACAUCCCUGGUGUUCCCGGGGAAAGGCCACGGGCCGGGAUCCACCACUGACUACGUCAACGUGGACCCAAAGAAGAGGAAAGCUGAUUUCUGGCCCUGCUCCAGCCCCGUGGCCGCCAAGUGCAUGGAGUACACAGAGGUGAAGCUGUGACACCCGGGAUGCCCAAAGCUCUCUCCAUUCCCCUCGCUCGGCGCCUGGCACGGGCUGGCUCCUGCAGCUUUCAUUCCUUGUGACACUCGAACCAAUGCAGUUUGCUUGGUACAGCCCUUAAAGGCAUCACUGUUCCUGAAGGAUGCUGAGCGCAGCGCAGGGAAAUGUUCCUGCCUGCUCUUCACUUCUAUGUGGUGGCUUUUUCCUCAUCACAUGAAAGCAAAUGAAACAUCACCCCCACCCCUCACACGGGAUGUAUUCCAGGGGUCUUCAAGAUAUCCCCCCGGACUGGGUGGCAGC